AUGGCGGCGGGUGGCAGCUCAAUUGCGGCCGCCUUCUUGCUUGGCCUGCUGCUGGGCUCUAUCUGCCUUCAGCUGGAAGCCAGAGGCGCUGGGAAGGAGGUACGGAAGCAGGAGGAGGAGCAGAGAGGAGAUGCGGGCAGAAGUGGCAGUGUGAUGGAGGAUGAGCAACGGAACGUUGCUUUCUCGAAUGGCAGAGGGAGGACAGAGGAUUGGAACCGCUUCCGAGAUGAUGACUACAAUCGAAACGUCGAUGAAAGUGUGGCUUCUAAUGAAAAUAUGGACAGCACCAAAGACCCAUGUCGGAACGUCAAGUGCAGCCGCCACAAGUUGUGCGUGGCUCACGACUCUCAGAGGGCCGUGUGCGUCAGUCGCAAAAAGCUCCAGCAAAGAGUCCAGGAGGAAGAGCUGCCGGGGGGCCGCGUCACCACCUGCCCCCCCUGUCCCCCCGCUGUCUACGGCCCGGUGUGCGGUUCGGAUGGGCACAAUUAUGUCUCGCAGUGUAAGCUACAGCAGCAAGCCUGCCUCACAGGAAAAGUCUUAAGCGUCAUGUGUGCUGGAUUUUGCCCCUGCAUCCCAUCCGUCACCUCAGUCAAGGCCGAGGCCAAACAUGAGAGCUGCACUGCUCAGGACCUGGCAGACUUAGGAGAACGCCUCAGGGAUUGGUUCCAGCUCCUACACGGAAACGCCAAGACAAAUAAAUCGGGCAAACUGGCAGCCAGGACCACAUCAGCGUUGGACAAGAGUUUGCUGAGCAGCUGCAAAGACUCCAUCGGUUGGAUGUUCCUUAAACUGGACGCUGAUGGUGACCUCCACCUGGACCCUGGCGAACUGGCCGCGGUAAACCUGGACAAGUACGAGGUGUGCAUCAGACCUUUCUUCAAUUCCUGCGACAGCUACAAGGAUGGCAAGGUGUCCGUGGCUGAGUGGUGCCUCUGCUUCUGGAGGGAAAAGCCGCCGUGCCUUGCUGAGCUAGAGAAGAUCCAAAUGCAAGAUGUGACCAAAAAGAAACCUGGCAUGUACAUUCCCAUCUGCGAUGAGGAUGGCUUUUACAGGAAGUUGCAAUGUGAGCAAAGCACCAGAGAGUGUUGGUGUGUGGACCAACAUGGCGGUACUGAGGUGACCGGCACCAGAAUCCGCGGCAACCCCGACUGUGACGAAGAGUUGGGCUACUCCGGCCAUUUUGGGAGUGGGGUGGGCUGGGAGGAUGAAGAAGAAAAGGAAGUGGAAGAAGAAGAGGAGGAAGAGGAAGAAGAAGAAGAGGAGGUAGAUGAUGGAGGUUAUAUCUGGUAG